AUGACCGGACGCGGCAAGGGAGGAAAAGGACUCGGAAAAGGCGGCGCCAAGCGUCAUCGGAAAGUGCUCCGUGAUAACAUCCAGGGCAUCACCAAGCCGGCCAUCCGACGUUUGGCGCGCCGUGGCGGAGUCAAGCGCAUAUCCGGAUUGAUCUACGAGGAAACGCGCGGCGUGCUGAAGGUGUUCCUUGAGAACGUCAUCCGGGACGCGGUCACCUAUACGGAACAUGCCAAGCGGAAGACGGUCACCGCCAUGGAUGUGGUGUACGCGCUGAAACGCCAAGGACGAACCCUGUACGGUUUCGGUGGUUAA